AUGGGAGACCUUUUUCUGAACGAGGCUUGGAGUGAUUCUCUGAAUGACCCAACAUCACCAAUAUUUCGGAAUCUUACAGCUCAGCUCAAGACAGAGUUACAAGCCACCUUAUUGAAAUUGACAGAAAAUGACUUUCUCAACGUAGAAAUUUUGGGAUUCAGGCCGGGUAGCAUAGAGGUUGUAUUCAGAAUAGUGAUGACAAUUAAUACCACGCAAACUCAGUCGCAAAUCGACGUAUCAACAGUAAUUCAAGCAAUUCAAAACGAGGCAAACCGCCAACUACAGCAAGCGGUUUCUGGUCUUCUUCAGAAACUGAUAUCUCUGACUGUGGACAACCAAACUCUAGCCAAUGCAACAACAUCAUCUGUAGCUUCAAUAACUACCACUGAAACAGCACCAAAUCAAAAAACGACAACUCACUCAGAAACAACUAGUACUGAAGCAACCACUACUCAACCGCUAAUAAAUAAAACAGAAAUAACAACUAAUUUUGAACGACCAACAAACAAAACUGACGUAAUUACAUCAACUACACAGACAUCAGCUACAAAAGAAGUAACAACUACCUCUGAACCAACUAACACUGAAACAAUCACAUCGACUUCUCAACAAGCAGCAUCUUCUUUUGAACCAGAGACUUCCACUGAAUCAAUCACAACUACUACUACUCAGCUAGCAAUCACAACCACCCAACCAUCAACAACUGCCACGGAAGAAACAACUGAUUUUAAAUCAGGAACAACUUCGACUGAACCAACCACAGCAACUACUCAACCAGCAACAACUUCUAUUGAACCAGAGACUUCUACUGAAACAAUUACUACUUCUACACAACCAGCAAAAGCUACUUCUAAACCAACAACGAUUUACAGUGAAUCAAUUACAACAACUUCUCAACCAGCAACAACUUCUUUUAAACCAUGGACUUCUAUUGAAACAAUCACUACUUCUACACAACCAGCAACAACUACUUCUAAACCAACAACAAUUUACAAUGAAUCAAUUACAACAACUUCUCAACCAGCAACAACAUCUAUGAAACCAGAGACUUCUACUGAAACAAUCACUAGUUCUACACAACCAGCAACAACUACUUCUAAACCAACAACACUUUACAAUGAAUCAAUUACAACAACUUCUCAACCAGCAACAACAUCUAUGAAACCAGAGACUUCUACUGAAACAGUCACUACUUCUACACAACCAGCAACAACUACUUCUAAACCAACAACGAUUUACAGUGAAUCAUUUACAACAACUCAACCAGCAACAACAUCUAUGAAACCAGAGACUUCUACUGAAACAAUCAUUACUUCUACAGAACCAGUAACAACUUUAAAACCAGUGACUUCCACUGAAGCAAACAUAACCACUACUCAAUCAGCAACAACUACUUCUAAAACAAAAAGUACGACUGAAGCAAUCACAACAAGUAUUCAAUCAGCAACAGCUACCAUGGAAACAACAACUAGUUCUAAACCAGCGAUAACUUCAAUUGAAUCAAUUAUAGCACUUACUCAACAAGAAACAACUACCUCUUAUCCAACAACUUCGAAUGAAACAAUCACAAGUACUAAUCAGCUAGCAAUCACAUCCACUAUCCAACCUUCAACUAUUGCAGAAACAACAACCUCUUUUAAUUCAGCAACUACCUCCAUUGAAUCAAUCACAAUCACUACUCAACCAGGAACAACAUCUGAACCAGCAACUUCCACUGAAGCAAUCGUAAUCACUUCUCAACCUGCAACAAUUAUCACUGAUGCACUAUUCACCACUCAACAUGCAGUCAUAGGCAGUGAAGCAGCAAUUUCUACUCAACUAAUAACAAACAUUGAGGCAACAACUACUAUGUAUCCAAGAGUAACCACUGAAGCAGUCAAAACUAUUCAGCUAUCAACAACGACCGAUAACACAUCCACCAGUUUUAAACCAGCAAGAAAUACCAGUGAAACAGCUACCGCUACCAUUUCUCUGUCAGCCACAACUACAAGUCAAUCAACAACAAAUACUAUUAAGCCAACAACUUCAUUUAAAACACCAUCAAGUACUCAACUAGACAUAAUUAUUAUUGAGACAUCAACAAUUUUGCAGUCAGUAAUUUCUACCAUUGAAGCAAACAUUACUCAACCCACCCUUGUAACAACUGAAAAAUUUACUACUACUAAACUAGAAGCAACUACCCCUCAAGCAACCGCUACACAACGUACAACUAGCGUGACAACUGCUGCUAUACCGGAUGCCUGUCAGGAUAAAACAUCAAUUGUGGCUAAUGGAUGGGUGUGCGUUCUUCCACACUACAGUAUUAUCACCACUGAGACUGAUGUUGAUUUGUUUUGCAGGUAUAUUGAUGGAAGACAUUUUCUUGGCUCUUAUUGUGAAUUUUACAUGUUUUAUGUGAAUAACAUUGAAAAGUCUUAUACUAAACUCUCAAAAGAAAAACUGUAA